UAGUGUUUUUCUCUGCCCGUGCUCACGCGACUUGCACGCAUACUUCCCGCCAGGAGUUGCGUAGAACCUCAGGGGGGGUUUCGUUGAAUUCGCCCAGACGCACCACCUGUGCGUUAAUCUUCUUAGGAAGCCAAUCAAGCAGUCAGCUUGAGCUUCUGACGGUCAUUCUGCAGCAAAGUUCCAGAGCUUGCGAGAUCUGUUCGCUAGCUCUCCCUAAUAGUAUCCGAGUCGGAGAUUCGAAGCAUUCUGGCCGAGAAUUCAGUGUUUGAAACUGAAUAUAUUUGUGUUCGGUAUCUACGUACGAAAGAAACAACUGUUACCUGUGAACAUUAACUACUUAUUCUGAUAAGGAAAAGUCAUCCAUGAAGUCUAAGGUAUGUACAGGUGGCGCUCAUUGUUUCUAAGAAUGAAGACUGACAAUAAAAACGACCUCGAUAACGAGGGUAUUAGACCCAUGAGCCCAGAUGGAGAGAAUCCGGGUUUGAACGGUGUAAUUGUUAAUGGUGGACAUAAAGUUACAGCUGUGCAUCACGAGGAAAGUAGCACCAGACUUCUUCAGGCAUUUAAUGAAACAGGAGGUGCAGUAGAAGAAGUGAAUUGCGAAGAAACAGAAAAGUAUUAUUGUGAGCUAUGGUCCUGUCGACCAAAAUGGCUCCAGCCUUUCGCUAAUAAGAAAGCGUUCCUUGUAGUGUUCUGUCUCACCAGUGUCCUUCAGGGCAUGUAUUACACAUACUUUGUCAGUGUUCUAACUACAAUAGAAAAACGCUAUCAGAUUCAAAGCAAGACAGCUGGUAUUGUAAUGUCAGCCACAGAAAGUGGACAGAUAGGUGGCGCUUUGUUGUUAACCUAUUAUGGUGGACUAGGGCAUCGGCCACGAUGGAUAGCCUGUGGGACUUUGUUGUGUGCAAUAGCAUGUUUUUUGUGUUCCGCUCCUCACUUUCUUUUCAGUGAGGAGUUCUUUGUAUCGCCUUCUCUCAGGAAUGACGAUAACAGCUCCUCGUUAACUGUACGUCAGCUGCAUUCUGAGUUGUGCCAUGUAGCCAUUCAACAGUCGUCGACUAAACCUCCUUCCUGGGAAGAUUCAUCUCACGCCAUUGAAGGUUUGACCUCCACCAUGUCCUCCAACAGUUCCAUCAACCAGUACGUUCAGUCUUCAGAUAAUAUUUCCUAUCCCGUUCCUCAAGCGGAACCCUACUGGAACCAUGGAGGGAGUUACUGCGACACUUCCGACGCACCGGCGCAGUACAAAAGAGUUACCAAAACAGUUCUUGCCAUUUUCUUUGUGAGUCUUCUCUUCAUAGGUAUUGGUGCCAUGGCAGUGUAUACUCUGGGAAUCCCAUACAUAGACGAUAAUGUAGCUACUAGAGAAUCGCCACUAUACUUUGCCAUCACGAUCGGAGUACGAAUAUUUGGACCAGUGUUUGGCUUCCUGCUCGGUUCCUUCUGUACCAGCGUAUACGUGAAUUUUCCAUUCGAAAAUCCAACUCACCUGACCUCGAAUGACCCUCAAUGGGUAGGGGCUUGGUGGUUAGGAGUAUUUCUGGUGGGGGCAGCACUCAUCUUGGUUGCUUUUCCAAUGGCUGCUUUCCCGCGGAAACUUCCUCAGACUCCUUCUUCUCCUAACCGCCAGGUGGCAGUUGUGCAAACUAACGGGCAGUCCAACGGAGGUAUGUUUGAUAAACACCCACAAAGAAAAGCGUUACUAGGCAACCACGCAUCCCACGAAGAACAUUCGAAUAGACCCAGUGCAAGAUCUUUCUCACAAGCUAUGAGAAGGUUGCUAAGGAACGAUAUUCUUUUGUGUCGAACAGCUAGUAGUGUUCUCCAUAUUCUUCCUAUUGCUGGCCACUAUACGUUCCUUCCAAAGUAUCUGGAAAGUCAGUUUCAGGUGAACCCUGCCAAAGCCAACAUGAUUUCUGGCAUCGCGGGAAUCCUUGUCAUGGGAGUGGGAAUCUUCACUAGUGGUACACUCAUGCGUAAAUUCAAGCCUGGUGCUCGAGUGGUGGCGUGCUGGAUUGCCCUAGCGACUUUUGCCUAUUCCAUAGGGAUGGUCCUACUCAUGUUUGUUGGGUGCCCACUUAACAUUCAAAUCGACAUGGAUGGAACUGGAGAAAUCGCGUCAUCUACCGGAACAAAUUGUAACGAGACUUGUAGCUGUCGCUCGGGGGUUUUUGCGCCAGUUUGUGGCGCUGACGGUGUGACGUACUUAUCACCAUGUUUGGCUGGUUGCACUGGAGUUUCUGCUGAAUUUCAUGAAGAAUACAUGUACAGCGACUGUCAAUGUCUAGGAACAAACAUGACAGCUACCAAUGGCUAUUGUCCACUUCAGUGCGAUAGUCUGGUCUGGUAUACCAUCAUCUUCUCGCUCUUCAUCCUCAUCCACUCAACAUCCGAGGUCGGCUCCAUGUUAUUAACAUUAAGAUGCGUUGAACCGGAAGACAAAGCUAUGGCUCUGGGCCUGAUAUCUUUCGCUAUUGGUCUAUUUGGUAAUGUGCCUUGUCCAAUAAUUUAUGGGGCUGUAGUGGAUUCUGCCUGUUUGUUUUGGGAGGAUAACUGUGGUGAGCCUGGAGCCUGUCGUGUCUACGAGCCGGCCAAGUUCCGUAUGUAUUUCCACGGCAUUACGGCCAUCAUCAUGUUUUCGGCCUUCCUAAUGGAUGCUCUCGUAUGGUAUAAGUCCAACUCCAUUCAAUUUCACGUAGAUGAGGAAAACGAUCAACCAGAGGAAAUAGUGCCCGUGAAUGUCAUAUACUGCACUCAGUUUGAGACUAGUGUCUAAUAAGGGACGGUUUUGCUCAUCAGAGAGAGAUCCAGAAACAAGCUUUUUUAUCCUACAUUUAAUUUUAUCUUAUAUGAAAACCUUGACCAGUGGUAUAGCUUAGACUGUUUGUUGUGAUUAAAGGAGAGCUUUCCACAGUUUUUUUUUUUUAAUCCAAUUGCUGACCUCGUCGUUAUGAUGGGGCCACAAAAACGGGUCCCUGACUAGUUUCAGUUUGUAAAAAACCUCAUGAUCAAAAGCGGAAAGUCUCAUCCAGCCUUUGUAAAAGGGGGGAGACUUGGUUGUUUUUUUUGGGGGGGGGGAGUGAGCUGGGAACAAACAUUCUUGAUCAAGCACAUCAUCUUACAGGAAGUUUAUAGUUGUUGCAUGGAAAGCGACUCUAAAAAGAAAGAGCUUAAGUACCCAGAAGUCAAGAUUGGAACGCUGGGUUUGAAAUGUUAGCCGAACAUUUACUUUACUGGAAUUCUCCGGCUUUAAAAUAUUAGAAUAAUACAAAUGAUUCGGAGAGCAAAGAAGAGACGAUUCUCUAUUUUGAUAAAGGAUGAGAGAUGAUUAAAAAAAAACACGAAAACGAAGGUUCAAACUAAUUGAUGUUUCGUGAAAAAUAACGUAAUUUCCAUUUCUAUUGUAUAACUGUUUAAUUCUCGUGAACUUUUAUAUCGUACAUUCUGUUCGUUUCUUGUUAAUGUCUUAGCUUCACUUGUUGGUGCUAAUUUCACCCACGUGAGUAUUUCAAAUUAAAUGCGCUAAUCUACAACAAGGAAAAUACAGUGUCGAGUGGUGUAUUUGUAUUUGGGUCUGACUUGUACAUUAGAAAGGGCUCCAUGUUCUAUUGAGAAAAUAUUAAAAAAAAAACAAACUAUUUACUGAUUAAUCACAUAAUUACAGUGACAAAUCAAAACCCCAAAGCGGGGCGAUCAUGAACAAGCCCUUAGUGAGCAUGCGCAUUAAUAAUGAUAAUCAAGAUGAAAAAAAAAACCGACAUUAUUAGCAGUAUUGUUCUGUCACGAUAACGUCAGAUUAUCAGAAGAUAGAUUAAAUUUGGUGAUCAUUUUAGAUAAAACUAAAACCCGCUUGAGAUUUUUAAUGAAGUGUUAAAACUGCUUUCGGCUUCGAAGGUGCGAUUUUUCAGGUGUUUAUAAUCUCGAAAAAAAGAAGAAGAUAGAAAUAAAAUUAUUGCUCACUAGUUACCUCUGGUGGAAGUUUUUCUGUAAUUUAAAAUGUCUACUUUUUUACGAGAUUGCUUGGGUAAAAUUUAUUUAUAUAAAAAAAAACAAUAUUUCUGUUAUUUAUUGGAACUUGCAAAACAAUAUUUUUUAUGUACACGCGCGCAUCGAAUCAUCAUUAGUUAUUGAUGUUCUCUUACAUAUAAAAUAAAAAAGGUAAUGCAAGGUUAAGAGAGGUUGAACUUUUGGAAACAACUUAAAAAUGUAAUGGACUAAACAUUUUCAUAGAAAAAGUGUUUCAAGAUGUAAGUAGACUGGGUCAUUUUUGUGUGACACGAUUAAAUUAUUGCUUUAUCAAGCUAAAGGAACUAGUACGUCUCGGAUGCUCUGGUAUGUUGCUGUUACUCGGAUAGUUAGCUGUUCUUUGGACUAUUAGCUAGUGCUCAGGUAAUGCUGCUGUUGCUCGAAUGAUUAGCAGUUAUUAUUGUAAUAUCACCAUCGUUCGGAUAGUUAACUGUUACUCUGGUAUUGCCGCCAUCUUUCGGGCAGUUAACUGUUGCUCGGGUAAUGUCGCCAUUGUUCGGAUAGUUAACUGUUACUCGGGUAUUGCCGCCAUCUUUCGGGCAGUUAACUGUUGCUCGGGUAAUGUCACCAUCUUUCGGGUAGUUAACUGUUACUCGGGUAUUGCCGCCAUCUUUCGGGCAGUUAACUGUUGCUCGGGUAAUGUCGCCAUUAUUCGGAUAGUUAACUAUUGCUUGGGUAAUGUCGCUAUGAUUAGUGUAAUUAGCUACUGCUCCGAUAAUUAGUGAUUUUCUCGAGUAGGUAGAUGCUAUUUAGGUAGUUGCUCGAAUAAUCUCCUGUUAUUAGUAUAUUGCUGCUAAUAUAACUUCCCUGGUAUACUUCGCUGUAGUCUGGGUAGUGUUAUUCAAAUAUUGUUAGUUAUGGCUUUGGAAGUGUUGCAGAUUUUCGGGUAACCAGCUGUAAACUAGUAAGACAAACACAGGAACAUCUUCACACAACAUGUAGAACGGAAGAAGUCUAUAUAUUUGUUUUUUAAUCUCUUAGCUGUAUUAUAAUAUAAUAUUUUAAAGGUAAUGCUAGUUUCGAGAACAACAAUUUGACGAACGAAAAAGUAAAGUAAUUUUACAGGCAUCUUUUUUACUUUUCUAAGUGAAAGUUUUUUAAAUUUUGCUUAAUCACAAUAUUAAAUCCAGUUUUAUCAUAGUGGUUUUGGAGUCAAAAACCGGAAUCUGUGAGAAAACACUAUUAUCAGUUUGGAUGAAAAUAACUCCAGUUUUAUAGUGUCUGAUAAGCUAGCAUUUAUUUGUGUGUUUUUCUCUACACAGUACAUUUUAUGUUCUUAAUGCUCGAAAACGUUUCUAAUGAAGGUAUCGUUAUUGAAAAAGCUCAGUUCAGUAUGAUUUUGGAAAAGUACGAUUUGCAGGGAGAAAUUAUAUAUGUGUUGAAAAAUAUACACAAUUUACUCAACUAUUAUGAAGAGUAACGUAGAAGUUCGCUUAAAUACUGUGUCAUUUUUGUUGCCAAAGUCAUGUUACGUCCUCUCACCAGUUCCAUGGAGUGUCACAACAGAUGUAGAGAUUUAUGUGUACAUUUAAAGAUAUAGUUUGUCAUUAUAUAAUACAGAGUUCCACUGCAGAAAGAAUGUAUACAUUUAUAUAAUAGUAGUUAUAUAUCUAUUAGAAAAAACAAAAUAAAAUAAAUGCCGGAUAAUGUUUGUUAUUUGUCAUGAGUAAUCGAUACUCUUCCCAGUAGUGUAUAUAGUUUGAUCAACAAAAUAUAUAAUGAAAUAUAAUGUAGUUUUUAAGGAAGAACAGAGAAGCCCUUGUACAUAUUGUAAUGUUAUUUUGAAAUAAAGCAGAUACAUGGAGAUUUUAAUUUUGGAAUGUACAUGUACAAAUGACUAUGAACUGUGCCUAUUAUGUUUGUCUUGAGGAAAGCUGUAAUUCCAGAAACACUGAAGUUUUCUGUUUUGUAAGAGUUAAAGGUUAUAAAAGGAAUAAAGCGUUUCAAAGAGGAA